GAAGGAUGCUGCUGUCCCUGGUGCUCCACAUGCACUCGGUGCGCUGCGUGCUGCCGGCCGCCGUGCUCCUGGGCACGGCGCCCACCUACGUGCUGGCCUGGGGCGCCUGGCGGCUACUCUCCGCCCUGCUGCCCUCGCGCUUCUACCAGGCGGUGGACGACCGGCUCUACUGCGUCUAUCAGAGCAUGGUGCUCUUCUUCUUCGAGAACUACACCGGGGUGCAGAUAUUGCUAUAUGGAGAUUUGCCAAAAAAUAAAGAAAAUGUAAUAUAUUUAGCAAAUCAUCAAAGCACAGUUGACUGGAUCAUUGCCGACAUCCUGGCCGUCAGGCAGAACGCUCUCGGCCACGUGCGCUACGUGCUGAAAGAUGGGCUCAAAUGGCUACCGCUGUAUGGGUGUUAUUUUUCUCAGCAUGGAGGAAUCUAUGUAAAAAGAAGUGCCAAAUUUAAUGAAAAUCAGAUGAGGAAAAAGCUGCAGCGCUACAUCAACGCAGGAACUCCAAUGUAUCUUGUGAUUUUUCCGGAGGGAACAAGAUAUAAUCCAGAACUAACAAAAGUCAUUUCAGCUAGUCAAGCAUUUGCUGCUCAAGAAGGCCUUCCAGUAUUAAAACAUGUGCUGACACCAAGAAUAAAGGCAACUCACGUUGCUUUUGAUUCUAUGAAGGAUUAUUUGGAUGCAGUUUAUGAUGUUACAGUGGCUUUUGAAGGGUCUGUGGAUGAUAAAGGGCAGCGGAAGGAAGCGCCAUCCAUGGCUGAAUUUCUCUGCAAAGAAUGUCCAAAAAUUCAUAUUCACAUCGAUCGUAUAGACAAAAAAAAUAUCCCAGAAGAACAAGCAUCCAUGAAAAGAUGGCUUCAUGAGCGUUUUGAAAUAAAAGAUAAAUUGCUUAUAGAAUUCUAUGAUUCACCGGACCCAGAAAGAAGAAACAAAUUUCCUGGAGAAAGUGUUAAUUCUAAGCUAAGUCUCAAGAAGACCUUACCAUCAUUCUUGAUCUUAAGUGGUUUGACUGCUGGUUUGCUUAUGACUGAGGCUGGAAGGAAACUGUAUGUGAAAACCUGGAUUUAUGGAACCUUGAUUGGCUGCUUGUGGGUUAGUAUUAAAGCAUAAACGAGUAGCUGUCUCCAGGCGGUGGGAUGCGCUACGCUGUUUAUUGUUGGUGGCUGCACGUUACAUCUGAUUGCUCCUGAAUUUAAUAAGAAGUGUAAAUAAAGCCUUGUUGAUUGAACAUUGGAUAAAAUAGAAUUUCUGACUAAAGCCAAUAUUCAGCUGGUCUUGGGCAAACAUACAUGGUUUUGCAACUUUAGUCCAGAAGCUGUUGGAAAGGGAAAAGGUAAACAGUUUAUAUUAUUCUGGGCAUUUCCUAUGAAAUAAUGUCAACUGCAGAAGAUUGUUAGGAUUGUAUAAUUUGUUGUUGUGUUGUAAUUCAAAUAGCUGCAUUCAUGAACAUUAAUUUGCAAUAUAUUUUACUGUAUUCAUUUUCUUUUUUUUUUACAACUUGACUGGGCCAAUUCUUAUCACUAAAGUACUUAGUGUCUUGCAACUGUGAAAUAUUUUGCCUUUUGUUUAAUUUCUCCAAGUCAAUGAAAGAAAUUGUAGUUAAGAAUCAAGAAGGGCACAAGGAAAGGGCCAGGGAAUGUUGGUGGGACAAGCUCUGUGUUAGCACCGGCUAUUAUUGUAUUGUGUUAUUAGCUGAUUUCACUUGAUAUUUGCAAAGUAGUAUUUCUAAUAUUUACUGAAACAACUUCAUUUGCACACCCUGUGCUCUAUACAGAAGAAUAAUGUAAAAAAAAGAAUUAAGUUAAAAUUGUGAUCCUGAUUCAUUGUAGUGGAACUUUAAAUUGCUCAGCUUUUUGAAGAUUUAGGCUAAGCUCCUAGAACUUCAUGACAUUUGUGCCAUAAGUACUUGAAAACCUUAAGAUUUCCUGUUAUUUUUUAUGUCGAAAUAAUCAGUGUGAACCUUUGUUAGACCUGAGUCCACAUUUAAGAUGGUGGGAGCUCUCAGACACCUGACUAGACUUACUAGCAUGUGCCUUUUGCCUGUUACCCUUGGGUUCAGCAAAAUGUCUAAUCCAAAAAUCUUGUUUUUAUGUCAUCAUGGUCGGUUUCUGUUGUACUUGAGUUCCUUUUCUCCAGACCAUCAGCAGAGGUGCUGUCCACAGCGGACGCGGGGCCUCACCCGGAAGUGCUGUGUCCUGACGCAGGCCUCACCCGGAAGUGCUGAGUCCUGAGGCAGGCUUCAACCGUUUAAGCUCUUGUGAGCCAGCCCACUGUCCGCAGCAAAGGCAUUUUGUGGUGUUUUACGUCAAGAAGGCGACUUCUUGAAUACAGACUUAAUCCAUCAGGACAGAAUGAAUUUGUUUAGUUCCCAUUAGUGUUAAUGGGGCCGCGUAAUUCAUCUGAGUCACCUGAAAAGAAGAGUGAUCUUUCAGGAACCAGUCACACAAUUUUCAGUCCUGGAACAACAAACCCUCAAGAAGAGGACCUUUUUAAAGUGUGAUCUGCUCUACUUUUAUGUUACAAUUCAAGCUUGAUUGCCUGUUAGUCCCUUAAGAUACCCAUUUUUGCUUCCAGGUAAUGGAUUUUUCCUGCAAAACUGUAUCAGUGCCCCAGAUGAAAUACACCUCUUAAAUCAUGAUAAAAUAGAAAUAAUAAUUAAGAUAAAUUUUGUCUGUUUUUCCAGAACCAGAGUAAGUUAUUUCAAGAAACCCCUCUGAAGAGUUGGGUAGUAUGAACUGGUUUGUGCAUAGUUUAGUGUGUGUAUGUAUAUACAUACAUGAGUGUGUAAUGUGUGUGUGUACACACAGUCCCACAGGAUACCAUCAGCCUCAUUAUAAAUGAAGGCGCAGGUAAAAGUUUUGUUCUUAUGCCACACUGCAGUUUUCUGUUACCCUCUAAAGUGAAAUUAUGUCAAUGCCAUGUCUUUGUUAAAAUACUCUUUAACAGUCCUAAAUUUAGAAAUAUUUCUAAUUAGAUCACAAUAAAUGUAAAUUGUGUAACUUAUUUUGAAUGUCAUAGAUAUGCUCUAAAUUUAAAUUUUAAGAAGCAAUACCACUGGAAUUAUGUUGACUGUAACUGAUUUGAAGAAGGCCAAGUGAGCUGCACAAGAUACUUGAACAGCAUGUUUCUUAUAACUAUCGUUAUAUUUUUCUCACAAAAGGUCUAUAAAAUGUUCAAAAUUUUUUUGUAUCAAAAUAUUUCAAAAAUUAGAAGCUUCUUUUUAACAUGUAUUGAUAUGACUUGAAUUAUUAUUUUCUGAAAUUAAGAACUCCAUAUACCAGUAAAUCUUUUCACAUAAUAUCAUUUAAGGUUUUGUUUAUAUUAUUGUUGACUUACAGCUAAGUUACUUGUUUUUUCUUUAAAAGACUGCAGUCAAUGUGCAUGCUUUUAUCUUUUCCACAAAAGGAUGUGUUUGGAUGAAAGUAAAAGAGAAUAAAAUCUUUCACUGUC